AACACCGUUGCAACUUGCGAGUUAUAGCUAUACAAAUUUAUACACAUGUAGGUCAAAGAAAAAUGGCUUAGCAAUCGUAGCUCCUAUUUACUGUGGUAAAAAAUAUAAUUUUUAAGUUUAAAUGGCCUUCAGUGAUCUGUGUCACAUAAGUAACGCGUUUAAAACCGUCGAAAAUGAAGCUGAUCAGUCGGAACGUAUUAUGGAAGAGAAUGCCAUGGUCCGGGAUCUCAUCACAAAGAUCCUUGAUGAGACCGGACCGGGAGAAGCCAGCGGCUCCAUCCCACCACCGGAAAGUAGUGUAAACAGUGUACCAACGACCAUAAGCCAGUACACCAGUAGUGAUACAUUAAACUCAUUCGGGCCAUCAACAUCCUACAACUACAACAAUAAUCACUACAAUUACAACCAAAGUGACAAUGGUUACAACUACAAUAUUCAAAAUGGCUUUAAUACGAACGGUUUUGUCAAUUAUUCGGACAACGACGUAAACCCAUUACUCUGCUUAGAAACAGUGACCGACGAUACAGUCACGCAAGAACAACUGAAUCUUCUCCGAUUAGCAGCUCAAGAGAUCGGAGGUGCCCAGUUUACAAGUCCAACAAAAUACGAUGAGAAAUUUUUCAAUUACUUCGAGCCCAACCAAAGAAAUUCUCUUCCGGAAACUAGUAUGUAUUCCAGCAGCUACAGCAGACCAAACAGCCUCGACUUGGAUUUGAACUUCAACUCGAACUACGAUAACAUUUACAAUGCGCAACGGAUUCCGAAUAAAUAUGAAAACGGUUUCCCGAAAGAACAGGUUCCGGAGUCGCCGGAAGUGCUCGCUUAUUUAAGCCAACUAAGCUUGAAUAUUGAUCGUGCAAGGAAUGAUGCACUGCUGCAAAGCGAUUAUAAGCUUCCAAUUGACAUGGGCAGUGCUUAUCAAGGCGAUGAUUUUAAUAAAAUGCAAGAGGAGAGGAACAAGCUGUUCUACGGCAACAGGGGCUUCCAACAGGUUCCCAAUAAGAGCUUCAAUUGCGAAAACAGUUUUUACUCAAACGAUUUGAUGUCUCAGAUGACUGAUAGGAAUUUUCAAAUUCAGAAUUACGAUUUUUCGAACCCAUCGAUAAAUGCUUUGAACUACAAGAUGAAUGGUUAUCAUCAACACAACGAUUAUUCGCAAAGGCGUGAUGUGAACCAGCUGUUGCCUCGGGAUGGUUAUCAGGGUACAAAUAUCGACCGAACGAAUUUCGAUAGUAUAGGGAGGGAAAAUGCUCAGCAGACUAUUUUAAAACAGCAGGAAUUGGCGCGACAAAUGUCUCUUCUAAUGAGAAGCAGACCUCCACCGAAUCAGUUAAAUGUCGAUGUGUCCUUUAUACAUGAAAAUACUCCUUUUAAUAUUGGUAUUGGGGCAUUGGUCGGUCCCAGUCCACCACAUGUGCCGCCCCCAGUGAUACCCUCACCGUUGAUCGAUUUACCUGUGCUGGUGCCGUUCUAUGCCAUGAGGAACAUGAGGACUGUUGCAACAACCUCCAGCGUCCUGCACGUUCGACUCGACGAGUGCUACGAACAAUGGAAGCAGCUGGAGCGAGAGAGGAAGCGGACAGAGGCCAGACUUGCCCUAGCUUAUCCGGGUCGAGCGGUAUCCUCAUCCAACUCUAUACCUGUUCCAAGGUUACCACCCUGUCCUACGAGGGUUGAUCGACUCACUGUGGACAUGCUCAGAGAACAUACUAAGGUAUUAACACUGAUGGGCAAGAUGGAGACACUCCGUGCAAGUGUAUGCGUUGCUCAAAACAAAAAACCAAAUAAGCCGGAAGAUGGCAAGAUCACAGUAUUAAAGCGGGGACAAGAUAACUUGUCCACGGAAAAGGAAAUUGACCCCGCGACGUUCGAACCCAGCAGCUGGAAGGAUGAUGUCAAGAAUCUGUCGGAAAUUGCACCGCACAGUGAGGUGGAAAGCGCGAUGCUGGCGUGGCGCAACUCCGUGGCGGCCGUGCAGGCUGCGAGACGUCGUGAGUUGGCACCGCCACAACCUAACGCACGCGUCAUGCGUCCCGACCCGAUCGUGCAGCUGUCGGAGGCGGUGAAGCAGCUGUGCGAGUGCGCGCGGCGGGCGCGCUGCGCGAUGUGGUGCGACCUCACGCUGACCGUGGCGCUGGCGCCGCACGCGCAGAAUCCGAUUUCGCCACCGAUACAAAAACAGACUACGUCUCCAAAACAAUCGCCCCAAGAGAGUGCAGCCAACGCGCCCAGCACUUCUAAACCACAUGAGCAGAAAGAGGAGAAAGUAACCACCGAAAAUAAUCAGCCAUCGACGUCUGAUACUAAACAAGAUAUCGAACAGAAAUACAAUAAGGAGAAGAACGCGCACCGUCGAGCACAGAACUUCAGGAAAGUCCACCAGCGUAAUGACUUCUACCAGAGGAACACAAGGUAUGACAACAGGAUGGUGCACAACAGGCACCCAUACCACUACCUGGCAACGGGACCGAUUAACUAAUCUGGAUUUGACCAAGUUCAUUUUGGAGCGAAAACUCUUAAACGCUUUCACUUUUGCGUAUACAAUUGUCACUUUUGUAGAAUGGUAUGAGAUUUUUUUUGGGUGCAUUUUUUAAAUACUUUGUUUUAGAGUUGCAAUGAAUUCGAUACCGAAUAUUGUGAUACUGUUCGGUCGGCUGACUUUAUAACUUGGUUUUAUUGUGAUCGUAAACCAAUGAGCGGACCUCAAUUAGGGGAAAACUUACCGAAUAUGACCGAACACGAUCGAAUAUGACCGAAUAUUCGGUAUUCGGUUCCAUGCAUACAUUCUAUAUGUUGCAAUUGUAUUUUGUAUAAGUGACUCGUGUUUUUAACGACAUAUAAAUGUACACGUACAAUAAGUUUUGUUACAGUAAUAUUUAAAUUCUGUGAGUCUUAUGUUGUACUAAGAAAUAAGUCUGAAUUUUAUAAAAAAAAAUAAUGUUAUAAAAAUUUUUCGAUACGGAAACGGUUUGAUAAAUUGUACGAAUGUAAUUUUAGUGUUAAUGACGUCACAACAACAAUAGUUCUUGUAAUAACUUAUCCAUUAAUAGCUGUGUUUAUAAUUUAGAGGUUUUUAAACGUUAGAGGUUUUCACUCUAAAAUGAGCAUUAAGUACUUGGAAGAUAGUUGAAAAUUGGCUGCAUCCAUCAAUCCAAGACUAACUCACUGUGAUGUAAUUUUUAUUCUCCAUAAACACCGCUGUGCUACCUUCAUAUUUUAUAAUACAGCUAAAAAUUUUCUAAAAAAAAAUAUAAAUUUUCUACUUUUUUAUAUUCACCGCAUAUUUGACAAUAUUACUAACAGCAUGCAGCCAAUUUUCCAUUUUUAUUAAGAGAUAAAAGCAUUUAAAACUCGGCUUGAAAAGAGAACUUUUAUGAGGCAUGCUCACGCCCUCUAUACCAUUGAAUAUUUAACGCAAAACGACGAAGAUGUGUCGAGACGAAUCUUUAUGUCGCACCGCGGGUUGGAAUUGAAAUCGGACACGCUUUAACCGUUAAAAGGAAAACCUAAACCUUAAUAUAUACAGCACUGAGAAUCUCGAUAAAGAUAUUAACAAUUAUUUGAGUCAACAAAAAUGUUCAUAAUUUUCUUGAUUACGGAAUAGGCGGAUUUCUUAAGCCGCGUUGCGAAUGUAUUCAUAUAUAAUUUGAUUUGAAAGAGAAAAAAAUAUAAUAUUUUAAAGGGGUCGUUGCAAUCCUAAAAAUAUCAUAUCAGCAGUAAAUUUAUUAAAAAAAAAAAAAAUUAACACUGAAAUGCACUUUUUAAAAUUAAAUAUGAACGUUGCAUUUACAUACAUAACUCGAAUAUUUAUUAUAAUUAUAAAAAGUGUUAUUCGUGAAUCCUUAAACAGGUAUGAGAGACCACAAUUUGAAUAUAUAUAUGUUACUUACUCUAUUUCAUAUAGGACGUGUGUAGGUUAGUUCGUAUGCGUAUCUAAUACCUUGCGUUAUUUAUUAAUCGUGCUUGGCUGGGAUUUUAUAUUAAAUAUAUUAAUAUAAAUGUGUUACACGUCUUCACAUCUGUCUUUAAUAUAGUGUAUGGCCAGUUCGAUUUCUACUUGCCAAAAUUAGCUUGGUGUGAGCGAAAUAAAAAAAAAAAAAAGAAAAAUAAAA